AUGGCGAUGAACCAGAGGAACACCAUUGAUUUGGAUCAAGGAUGGGAUUUUAUGCAGAAAGGGAUUACGAAACUGAAAAAUAUACUCGAAGGACUGCCUGAGCAACAAUUCAGUUCAGAGGACUACAUGAUGCUCUACACGACAAUAUAUAACAUGUGCACCCAAAAGCCCCCUCAUGAUUAUUCUCAGCAAUUGUACGACAAUUAUCGGGAGGCUUUUGAAGAGUACAUUACAUCAACGGUGCUGCCGUCUUUGAGGGAGAAGCAUGAUGAGUUCAUGUUGAGAGAACUUGUUAAGAGAUGGCUGAACCAUAAAAUCAUGGUGCGUUGGCUGUCAAGAUUUUUCCACUAUCUCGAUCGGUACUUCAUCGCUAGAAGGUCACUUCCAUCACUUAAAGAAGUUGGUCUUACAUGCUUCCGUGACCUGGUAUACCAGGAAUUAAAUGGGAAAGUUAGGAGUGCUGUUAUAUCUCUGAUUGAUCAAGAACGUGAAGGGGAGCAGAUAGAUAGAGCUCUAUUAAAGAAUGUAUUGGAUAUUUUUGUUGAAAUUGGAAUGGGGCAGAUGGAUUAUUAUGAGAAGGAUUUUGAAGAAGCACUGCUAAAUGACACAGCUGCUUACUAUUCACGGAAGGCUUCUACUUGGAUAUUAGAUGAUUCUUGUCCUGACUAUAUGUUGAAGGCUGAGGAGUGUCUGAAGAGAGAAAAGGAGAGGGUUUCACAUUAUCUUCAUUCAAGUAGUGAGACAAAGUUGCUUGAGAAAGUACAACAUGAGCUGUUGUCUGUGUAUGCCUCCCAAUUGCUCGAGAAGGAGCACUCAGGUUGUCAUGCAUUACUUAGGGACGACAAGGUAGAGGAUUUAUCGAGGAUGUAUAGACUCUUUUCCAAAGUACCUCGAGGUCUGGAGCCCGUGGCCAGUGUGUUUAAGCAGCAUGUUACUGCUGAAGGUACAGAACUUGUUAAACAAGCAGAAGAUGCAGCAAGCAACAAAAAGGUAGGCACUAAAGUGACUUUUGGAAUCCAGGUUUUUGUCAGAAAAGUAAUUGAGCUUCACAACAAAUUCAUGGCAUAUGUGAAUGACUGUUUUCAGAACCACACGCUGUUCCACAAGGCUCUUAAAGAGGCGUUUGAAGUCUUCUGCAACAAGGGUGUCGCCGGCAGUUCUAGUGCUGAUCUUCUUGCCACAUUUUGUGAUAACAUUCUCAAAAAAGGUGGGAGUGAGAGAUUGAGCGAUGAAGCCAUCGAGGAAACACUGGAGAAGGUGGUAAAAUUGCUUGCCUACAUCAGUGAUAAAGACUUGUUUGCUGAAUUCUACAGGAAAAAGCUUGCUCGGCGCUUAUUAUUCGAUAAAAGCGCCAAUGAUGAGCAUGAAAGAAGUAUUUUGACCAAGUUAAAGCAGCAAUGUGGUGGUCAAUUUACAUCCAAGAUGGAGGGAAUGAUCACAGAUCUAACACUUGCUAAGGAAAAUCAAGCCAGCUUUGAGGAGUACCUUGGAAAUAACCCACAUGUCAGUCCAGGGGUUGACUUGUCUGUGACCGUCCUCACAACCGGUUUUUGGCCGAGUUACAAGACUUUCGAUCUUAACCUUCCAGUUGAGAUGGUGAAGUGCGUUGAAGUGUUCAGGGAGUUCUACCAGACAAAAACAAAGCACAGGAGACUCACAUUCAUAUAUUCAUUGGGGACAUGCAACAUUAUUGGGAAAUUCGACGCCAAGCCUAUAGAGCUUACUGUCACAACUGCUCAGGCUGCUGCCUUGAUGUUGUUCAAUGCCUCCGCUAGAUUGAGUUACCAGGAAAUUAUGAGUCAGUUGAACCUGGCUGAUGAUGAUAUUGUAAGGGUGCUUCAUUCGCUUUCUUGUGCCCGGUACAAGAUUCUGAACAAGGAGCCCAACACCAAAACAAUUUCCCCAAGUGACGUUUUUGAAUUCAAUUCGAAGUUCACAGACAAAAUGAGGAGGAUUAGGAUCCCUCUCCCUCCUGUGGAUGAGAAGAAGAAGGUGAUUGAGGACGUUGACAAGGACAGACGAUAUGCCAUCGAUGCCUCGAUUGUGCGUAUAAUGAAGAGUAGAAAGGUCUUGGGGUAUCAGCAGUUGGUGGCUGAGUGCGUUGAUCAAUUAAACCGAAUGUUUAAGCCUGAUGUUAAAGCAAUCAAGAAGCGGAUUGAGGAUUUGAUCACCCGCGACUAUCUGGAAAGAGAUAAAGACAACCCCAACUUGUUCAAAUACUUGGCAUGA